AUGAGGCGCAAUAUGAAUCUCAGAGGCUCGAACAGGGAUUGUGGCCAGACUCGUGCAGGGUCGAUGUGGGUUCUGCCGCAGACACUUCAAGAAGUCUGCAACCUACGACGGCUUUGUCAACUUCAAUCCAAAGCCCUGCCUCGAGCUAGACGAAUGGUCCACAGUGAGUGGGAUAAACCUCUAAGAGAGCCGUUGGGGAACCUGGAGACACCCGAAUGUGACUGGUGUGGAUUAAAGGCACCAAACGUAGUCUUUGCUCCGUGUUUCCAUCGCUUAUGUCGGGGUUACGGUGGAGCUGCUGCUCCAGCCGCUUUGGGUGAUAUGUUCCGAAGCUGCCAAGCCUGUUCUCUUCAUAGCUUCCAGCGCCCCCGAAAGGCAUGA